CCCUCUUCAGGCCCGCCUGCAAGUCUGCUCGUCCCCGCCUUCCCGUCCUCGCCGCUGAGGUGCCGGGGUCGCGCGGCUCCCCUCCUCCUCCGCCCCGGGUCCUGACUCUUCCCUCCUUUCCCUCAGAGGAUGUCCGCCUUCCAGAUCAACCUCAACCCGCUCAAGGAGCCGCUGGGCUUCAUCAAGGUCCUCGAGUGGGUUGCUUCCAUCUUUGCUUUUGCCACUUGUGGAGGUUUUAAGGGCAAAACAGAAAUUCAAGUGAGUUGUCCUAAAGUUUCUGAAAAUAAAACUAUUACAGCUACUUUUGGUUAUCCAUUCAGGUUGAAUCAAGCAUCAUUUCAGUCACCUUCAGGUGCAAAUGUAUGUGAUGUAAACUGGAAAAGUCAUGUCCUCAUAGGAGAUUACUCUUCUUCUGCACAAUUCUAUGUUACAUUUGCAGUCUUUGUGUUCUUGUACUGCAUUGCUGCCCUUCUGCUUUAUGUUGGUUACACAAACCUCUACCGGGAUAGUCGUAAACUUCCUAUGAUUGACUUUAUUGUUACUCUUAUUACUACUUUUUUGUGGUUGGUGAGUGCCUCAGCCUGGGGUAAAGCUCUUACAGAUAUUAAAGUCGCUACUGGACACAAUAUUAUUCAGGAACUUGAGCCUUGCAAGCUACCAGUGGCCUGUUAUUUUGGCUCUGUGACUAGUAUGGGAUCCCUAAAUGUAUCUGUGAUCUUUGGCUUUCUGAAUAUGAUACUCUGGGGAGGAAAUGCUUGGUUCGUGUACAAGGAGACCAGCUUGCAUAGUCCGUCAAAUACUUCAGCUUCUCAUGGCCAAGGAGGUGUUCCACCUCCUUCUGGAAUAUAACUAAAGGGAGAAGUACACUGUGUGAAAUGUGUCUGUACUGUCCUUGUUGCCAUCAUAUUGAGAAGCACUAUUGUUUCUAAUAAAAAGUAAUGGCUUUUUCAAUAAAUUGGUGGGUUUAAGAUUUUGCUGCUUUUCUACCUAAAACGUGUGCCUUUUCUAGAAAUUUAAGAUGUAAAUGUAUUUUUACACGUAAAUUUGAAAGUUCAGGAGCCUGUUAUGAGAUGAUACUUAUUUUUAAGUGAACAAUAAUUUCACUAAGUUGUUUGCCUUCUAAAGUGUUUACACCUUAAGCUUUAACAUAAGCCUUCACUCAGAAAACAGUUACAUCAUAUCCUAAUAAGAAGAAAGUGUUUGGAAUAUACACUACUGUAAGUUUGUACAGAUCAUAUACCUAAGCCUUGUCUUUAAGAAAACCUGGAUUAUAUAAAUCAUAUUUUAAAAAACAUUUAGUGCAAAUUUUGUAUCUGAAUAUUGUACAUGUUUAAAAUUUUUUAAUUGCAAAGACUGGGUAUAUGUUUUGUUUCUAUUUUUCUAAAUGACUUGCUGUACUUAUUAGGUGUACUAAAAUUGCCUUAGGAGCAAGGACUUGAAUAUUUCUAACAAAUAUGUAGUUAAUUUCAUACUUGUUACAGGAGGUGGUUCCUAGGCUUGCUGUAUCAGUAGGAAGAGCACAGCUCAGAUGGCUGCUUUCUAUCCGUGGGCAUUCUCAGUCAUGCUUGUUUGCUAGCCUUUGUUGCUCAUGCCAUCUUAGUGCAUAUUGAGACCUAGUCUCCUUGCAAAUAGAGAAAAAUAAUCUACCUUUUUUUGCAGACCCUAUUUAAAGGGUUAAUAAAAAUUAACAUUUAGUCAGUGAAGUUGAUUUUUUUGAGUUUAGCAUUGAUAUUGUAAAAAUAAAUGCAAUUUGGAUUUCAUAUUUCUUAAUAUUCAUUCUUAUUUCACAAAAGGAUGAUUAAGGAAUUAUGCUCAUAAAGGAACCUAAGUAAGCUCUACUAUGGGUGUACUGUCUUUAUACACAUUUGGGUAUGUUUGGAAUAUAGUGCUUAUUCAUAUUUGCUUCCUGGUCUUUUUUGUUGUACAGGGAUCUAGACCUCCUAUUCUUACAAGAUGAUGUUUAUAUGUAAAUCACAUCUUGCAUAUUGCCUUAUUUUGUUGCUUUUAUUCAUGACUGAAAGUGUCUAUAUGGAAAUAUAUGUUUUAUGCAACAAAUAAUAAAGAAGUUAAAAAGAAAGAAUGCACCAAUUGGUAUAUUACAAAGAACCCUUCAUCUUAAAGGCAUGAGCAGUGCAGAAUGCAACUGGUUCUCAAAUCAGGAACUAGAGUUACAGUAGUGUUUUUUAAGUGCUUGGCAAGGAACGGAACAGACAGAAAUGCUUUCAUUCUCAUUUGAAAAAUACUUGUAACUACUGGGUUAAGUUUUCCUGAUAAACAUUUUCUAAUUGAUCACUCAAAUACCAAAGAUUCCUAAUGAAGAGUAUUCACCUAUGUAGCUGGUGAUACAGUUCAGUUGGUAGACUGUCUAGCAUGCAUGACAAGGCUCUGGGUUCAGUCCCCUGCACUGCAUAAACCAGAUGUCAAAGCUCAAGCCUAUAAUCCCUGCACUCAAAGUUCAGAGUCAUUCUUGGCUAUAUAGGGAGUAGAAGUUUAAAGCCAAUCUGGGAUACAUGAGAUUCUGUCUCAAAAAAAAACACCCACACAUGCACACACACUUGCACACCCUGGAUCUAAACUGCUUGUGACUUUACUUUAGCUACCCUACUCUCUGGCUAACUUCAGGUGAAGUACUCUCUGUGCCUCCAUUUGUAUCUGAAAAUAUGGAAAUAAAAGUACUGACCUCAAAGAAUAUAUGAAAAUGAAAUUAAGUGUAAAGCCAUGACACUGGUGAGCACAUCAUAGAUCCUCUAUAAAUGCCAGCUGUGCCUAAGACUUAACCUGAAUCCAAGGGACUAGAGGAACUAGCUUCAAGCAUACAAGCUUCUCCCAUAACCAAUCUCAGAUGUUUGGGUGUGUUCAUUUUUCUUUUGGGGGCAGAUGUUGG